AUGACAGAACCAUCUCCCAACGAAGCAGCUGCGCAAAACCCCGACAUCGACCCUGCGAUCACAAAUGGCCUGGCACAACAAGCAUCCACAGAGCAACCCGCAGAUGUAGAGAUGACAGAUUCUGGAGCACCACCCGCUCAAGACACCCAAUCCCAAGCUCAAGCCGACCUCCAACCCACCGUCCAAACAGUCCCGCCAACACCUUCAACCACUACGCCCGCACCCCCAUCUGCUCCUUCCCUCCCCACCGUGCCCACACCCACACCUGCAGCAUCGUCGCGCAACUCGCCUCACCCGACUGCUCAAGCGCCGACUCAACCCAUUCCACACGGUAGCCCGACAAGAGUGUAUCUCAAUCAGCAUGUGACGCCGCAUUUGCUAGAAGCUAUGAAGCAUCUUGCUACAACGGAGCCAGAGAAGCCAUUGAAGUGGCUGAGUGAGUUUUUGGCGCAAAAGAGUAGGGAGAUUGAGGGGCCUUGA